AUGGACCGCAAGACAAUGGACGGUGGCAACCUUAUGGACUUUGUCUCGAGAUUUCGGCAGCUUCAGGUACAGCGAGAUACGAGCGACGAGUUAAUCAAGGACCUCCUCGUCUACUGCGAACAUGUCGAGUCCGGCUUGCGGCAGGAGAACUCGCAUCUCCGCUCGCAAAUUAGCGACGCGAACCUCGACCUCGCAGACGCUACUAAGUCGAGGCGCGAGUUGCAGCAACGUGUAAAAGAGUUGGAGCAUCAAAUAGGUUUCAUGACCAUGGACGUUGAUCAUUUAAAGUUCAAACAAGAGUAUGUUAACAAGGGCAUCGACGGCGGGAAACAGGCCGCCUACGCUCUUCGCACUGCCAUUUUGAAGGAAUGUCAUAGCCUUGCCGGCGAAGUCGAAGUCAUAGCCAGGGUCGUGGCCAACCUCUCGGGCCUCGCAAAGGCAAUGAGAAACGACGGCUCUUUAGAUCACGAGUCCAGGUUGAAGGAUUUCACCCUAGGAUUUAGCCAGGGAAUGGCAUCCCGGCGGCGCAUCACGAUUCUCGAGGGCACCCCUUCGACUCGGGACCUGGCCUCGGCGAACCUGAACACGCUGAACCUCAAUGCCGACUUGUUACGCGCCGAAAAGCUUGUCGACAAGACGCUCCGCGACCCGACGCCCCCCUCAGCCAUGUCCUCCCCGGUUGCUGUCGUGGCGGGCAUGUCGCCGCUGCCCCCUCCAUCAGCCACCCCGGCUGGUACUGCUGCGAGCGUUGCGUCCUCUUAUGCUACUGCCAUCAAGAGCGCAAGCCCGCCCCCGCAAAUAACCCUGCCUUUUCAGCCAAAACCGGUCAAGGCGCCGGUCGUGCGGCGCGAGAAAGUACCCACUUGGAAUCCGGGCUCCAGAGGACUGGAUCCGCCGUUGGAGGUCAACCAGGCAGCUUUGGACAACAUCAAGAAACGAAAGGACAACAACAAACUUUGCAAUAAUCAUUACCUGCGGGGCCCCUGUGCGAAGGGGGACUCGUGCUGUUUUGAACACAAAUAUCGACCAAAUGAAGCGGAGAGGACUGCCAUAGCCUUCCUGGCUCGCCUGAAUCCCUGCACCAAUGGUCAAGAUUGUGAGGUCGACGAUUGUAUUUACGGCCAUCAUUGCCCCAGCACCCGCGAUGGGAUGUGCACCCAUCCGUACUGCAAGUUCAAGGUAUUCGAGCAUCCGCCCGGUACAAAAUUCAGGAACACAUAUCAGUGGCUCGAUGAGGAAUAA